AUGCUUUUCCUAGCAGCGUUUCUCGUUUUCAUAUUCUUCGCCAUUCGGUUUUUCCUCCAACGAGACCCAGUAAAAAUCGUCGGAAUCUACAGUCAACCAGGAAAAUGGUAUACUUUUUACUUUAUGAAAGUUUGUGGACGCUGAGAUCCCUAGGAUUUCAAAACUAUGAGUUUAGGAUCAUGUAGUCAUUUUUCAGACAAACUCAUGUCGCCCAGUAUAACCACCCCAUUCGCUAACUUACUUGAUCUAGGUAUACCUUGAAGUUCAAACUGAUGCGAGCUAUCAUUGCCUACCGCCAGAGGAAGCAGAAAAAGUCGAAAGAAAGUGUAAGUUAGGCCUGACUAACAACUUUGAAAGAAAAUCUGCAGACUUCAAAAGAAGAUCUGAUGACGUCGCAAUGGGGCGGCGACGGCGGAGAGAGACCUCCACACGAAAUGGAGAAGAAGCACGACCUGCCGUUGAGCAAGGCGAGUCUGAGAAUGAACACUGGAGAUUACAACAGUUGCCCUUCAGCCAAGAGCGGCAGAUGCGGUUUUUCUGAACGCCUCUAGUCGAGAAGGCUUUUACUUCAUUUUGGGAACCGCACAACGUCACGACAACAUCAUCAACCUUUUCUUGGUGCUGCGUGUGCCUGGCGUCGGCACGUUUGUCAACAAGGAGAUGUUCAGUAAUACGAAUGUCAAGGUUCGCAAUUGAAAAUUCGACAGGAUAAUACGGUCUUUUGAAAAGAGUGUUUGUGAAAAUCUGUAGCCAACAUUUUGCACCGUUCUUUCAAUUGAUUCAACAUCAAUGAAAAUGAAUCCUAGAGCGUACACUCUCCGGGGAACAACGAAUGGAGAACGGAGAGCGGCUUCGUGCUCGCCUGUGACGAACCGAUGAAACGCUGGAGAGCUUCCUACAACGGACCGUUGUACGCUCCGAAAGGGAAGAAGAACUUCACGGCCACAGGGGCGGAGCCAGAACCGACAGAUCUCGAGCCAAUCGACGCCAAGUUCGACUUCACGUGGACCAACUUCGGUUUGAGAGGUUGAUAGGAUUUGGGAAGAAUAGUCGCAGGUGAGUGCUUCGAUUUUGACCGCCAAGUCUCCCCGACGGCCAUCGCCCACUCGUUGGCCAUCGAGCCUUGGAGCCGACCGCUUUUCGACAAAAUGCGAGCCUCUCAUCAGACUCACUACGAACAGGUUUGCUUCGGUAAAUAGUGCUUAUUGGAUAUCCGAGCAGUUUAGUAAAAAAAUUCUUCGUUUUAAAAAGAUUCCUUAAAGUCUACCACUUCUUCUCGAAAUUGUUUGAAUGACUUUCCUACAGCGAGGAUGGCGGUGAACGUUGAUUCAAAUCUCCUAUUUUAAAAGAAAAUGAAACAUUUCUUCGUUCUGAAUUUCGGCUCACAAUAUUUGAAUUCUCUGUUCACAACGUUAAAAAAAGAGAUAGAGUAUUAUUCUAAAAACGGUGGAAACUGUUGACUUCAAUGAAAAGUUUCUGAGGUCAUACCGAGUUACAGUUUGGAUUCCUGACCGGAAACUUGAAAUUGGGCUACGAAGAAUAUCACGGACUGAGGAUGACCAGCAUGCGUGAUCACACUAUCACCGGUUACCGUAACUGGUCCGAUCUUCGAAGGUAGCUGUUUUCCUCUUUUUGAAAGAGUUCCUACCAUUUUUCAAUAAAAAAUCCUAUUCUCCCAUUUUUAAUCUCCCCAGUGUCUAGAAACUACUGCGCAUACGUGAAAAAAUCAGAUGAGUUGAUCCAAAAAGUUUCGCUCUAGACCUACCCUUGAAGGAACAUCAUUUACCAUUUGAACACGUGAAAUGAUUAAAUAUUUUCGGAUUUAGAGCUUCGAAAUAAUUUGGAACAUCGCCAUUAAAAAAGCUCCAAACUCUCUGUAAACCUGUUGAAUUGAACCUAACCUUUUUCCCAGGUACAUAAUGAUGGUAUAUCACCUGGAAGACGGCACCUGCAUCCAUACUUCAGUCGUUUCCAUGCCAGAAACGGUCUUUACGAGCCUCGAAUUUGGCUACGUCGUGUUGCCGUGAGUAAACCAAGCCCUGAAUACUUUUGAAUUAUUUUCGAUGUGAAUAUUCUUGUGAUCAUCAACCAUUUCUUCAGCAAGGAGUGAUAAUUCAAAUAGGAGAAUCGAACUUAUAUAAGAUGCAAAAGCCAAUUAAAAUUUAGAUUAAAAAAAUAGAUAUUUUUGCAAAGAUAUAAGUGAUUGAACCAAACUUCAUCAAAUUUUCAGUGACCAGAAGGUUGUGCCAGUCGAUCGAGUCCACUUUUCACUGGCCAAUCACGGCGAGGACCGCCAUUUCCCCGACGCCUUCCACUACUCUUUCGAAGCCGCCUCUCACACCUACAACGUCGAUGUAUGCAAGAAAUAGCCUAGUUAAAAUAGCUGCAAAAAGAGCUUCUCUGCUCUAUGGCGAUAUUAGGCCAAAGCUGAUCCAAUUGGAUUUUAAAUUAACAACUAGCUUGAACUUAAUACUAAGAAAACUAUGCACUAAGUGGACACUAGACUGACCAGGCCUUUUUUGAAUGGGUCGCGGGAAGAUUCACUAAAACCUCUUCAAGUCCUCUUCUUCAAAGAGGUUCGCAUAAACUUCUAUGAAAAUUGAGAAAAGGCCUUUUUCCACUUUCUUUUUUACUACAAGCCAUUUCUUCCAUUUCAGAACUAACCAACUCAUAUUAGAUAGAUUACAAUUUUUCAAAAUGACAAAAAUGUUCGCCCAUGAAGCCUGAGAAUUCAAAAAAACUAUGAGUCGAAUUUAUGUUUUUUUUUUUCUCUCGAGCUGAAAAACUUAUCAAAAGAAUACUUUUUCAGGUUAAAAUAGUAGAGACUGUCUCUUUCAAGAUGGGUCUCGACCUCACAGCUCAGGUAUUUUAUUUCCAUUUUAUAAUUGAUAGCCGAUCGAAUUUAGGUAAACGAGAACAUGGCCGAAUUCGUCGUAAACGGAGUCAGAGGCUGGGGAACCGCCGAAUGUGAAUAUCGCAUUCAACCGUAUUAA